AUGGACCCUCGCUCACACCCGUCGCGACCUCCUUCAACGUCGUUGCCUCAGGGUUCUGCUCCUAUCUCGAGUAUGCAGAUGCCGCAAUACCCAAUGCAGCCGCAGUACCCGGUCUCGCAACCUCACACCCUUCCGCCAUUGCAGCCUCAUCAUAACCAGUCGCCGAAUCCCUACAUGGGUCAGUCUUAUCGUCCCGACAUGGCGCGUUAUCCCGCCACCUCGGCUCACGAUGUCUACGCGACGGCUGCGCCCAUUGGGCCUCACACUCCUGUGAGCAGCUUGCCGCCUACCUCGUUCCUCGCUCACCCCGGGGGCCAACCCCAGGGCCAGCCUCCGCAGGGAUAUCAGUCUCCACAGACUCUCCUGCCUCCCACGACUGGGUCUCAGAGCUAUCCUCAACCCAUUGCGCCUGCCCCACCUCGUGACCGUCGUCCUGACUAUGCGGCCAUGCCCUCGGGCGCCUUCAGUCACCCUGAAGGCAGAGCUCCAAUCUGGGCCGGCGCUGAUCCAAUGGCUGCUGCUAAUGGUGCCGCUCCUCUUCCUGACAACCGGGAACCUCCUCGCACCCAGGUUGUGGGAUCUCAGGGACGUAGAGGCAUUCUUCCUAGUGUCCCAGGACGUGCUGCAGUCCCCAACGGUGCCAAUGGAACUGCCAGAAGCACCACGAUUCCGGCCAAGGAUGCCGACGGCAAGUUUCCUUGCCCUCAUUGUACCAAGACGUAUCUCCACGCGAAGCAUCUUAAACGCCACCUUUUGAGACACACCGGUGAUCGUCCCUACAUGUGUGUUCUCUGCAAAGACACCUUCUCUCGAAGUGAUAUUCUGAAGCGACACUUCCAAAAGUGCUCAUUACGCCGUGGUAACCCCACAGGAGCGAGCCAUCUCUCGCAUCCUCAGGCACACCUGAAACGGUCUCAGGCCGCAGCUGCAAAAUCCGUUCAGGAAGAAGUCAGUAACUCCAUUCCGCCUUCCAAUGGUAUUGCGGGUACGACUUAUGGCGACGCGCACGUGAAUGGCCGUGGUCCUCGACCUGGUCUCACGGAGCAGCAGCCUCUGGGAUAUCCGAUGUCCUCUGUCCACGGGUUGAACAGUGGAGACGCGUUCAAUCAGGCAGAUCACAGAGCUUCCUGGAUGGCUGCUCAGAAGCAGAGCCCGUACCUUGUCCACUCUUCUGCUUCUGCUGAAGGUCCUGGUGGCCAUCUGAAUAAUAUUGACCGUCAUUCAUUUGAACAGGCUAAGCCUCCCAUCAUCAACGAUCCCAAACGUCCUAUGAUGCCCGGUCAGCCCCAACAGCCCAAUCACCCAGGUGAACUCGACUGGGCUUCCAUGUUCCAGCCCGGAGCUCCUGAAGGUUACAUGCACUCCGUAUUCCCCCAAACGAUGGCUCCUCAACACGAGCCGAUUCACUCGCAUGUCGAUCCUGACCGCAAAUACUACCCUACCACGACCGCUGGACCUCAUCAAGAUGGCGGACUGAACGGACUUUACUUGGCUUCCACGAGCUUGAGCGGUGACGGUAUGCCUAAUCCCAGCGGAGUCCCGAAUAAUGAAAAGACCAAUCCACAAGAGCCUAUUGCCACUUGAGAAGUUUUUUUUUUUCCCUAUUUGAUUUGCUGCACGAGAAACAUGAAAUUGACUUGAUAUUUUUUUUCCCUCUGGAAACAGGAUCCGUCCAACCCGCUAGACAAUAGUUUCGUUUUGUAAAGGAGGAAAGGUUAUGUUUUUGCUUUACGACAGAGGGGUUGAUCUGGUGGGACUGCGCAUCUCGAGUUUCACGGAUUGACAGUACGCGAAGUUCGUUCGUUGCUUCGAGAUUUACGUUCUCGAGAGCAUUGACAGAUGCAUUUCUUUCCUUCUCCGAUCGCCCUUCGAAACAAUGAUACGGCCGACAAAUGGUAAAACAGCAAUACUUUUUUUCAGUUUUACAGUUCGAUUUUUUCUCCGUCAUUCCGUCAUGAAUGGUAUGGGUUGGUUCAAACCGGCGUCGAAAUCAUCAAAUAGAAAUGGGGCAUGUUUUGUUUGCAGUUUGUUUAUAUGUGAUUGUUCGAAUGGAUUUUUCUCUUGAUUUCUGCAUGUGAAUCCUGCAUUCUCUGAAUUCGGGAAUCUUAGAAAUCAAAGAGCAAAGGAAAAAAUGGAGGCAAAAAUGAGUUUUUUUUUUUUUUUGUUGUUCCAGAAAAAAAAGAUUGAUUCGUUUCGAAAUAUCUUAUAGAAUUUGGCGGUUGGGAGGAAGUCGUUUUUUUCUGUUGUGUCCUAAAUUGUUGCAUUUGAUUACUUCCUGUUUAUUGUUUAUUCAUGUUUUAUAUGCUAGCUUUGUGUGUCUGGGUGAAAUCAUUUCUGGUUGUUUAAACAGUUAUAAUUUCAAUCAACUCGAAGACUCCUAUUGUAUAUCUUCGAAGUUAUGGCAUUGAGUUUGUGUGCACGAGUCCAGGAUUACUUGUUCACUCCCACUAAGGUCGUCUCAAAUGUUCUGUAUGCUGUUGUCCCUUCAUUCUAUCUACGUUGAUGCUUAU